AUCUCGGGUAAAAUCCAGGGGCCCUUUGGGUCAUAUAAUAAUAAUGUUGUUUCUGCCUAGGACGCUGCCUGUCAGACGCGAGGGUAUUUUUAUUUUUUUGUCCCAUUCAACUACGUCAUCUGUUUGAUGGCAAAUUUUGGCGACAUGCGCGGCUCUUUCCUUGUGUUACUGAUUGGGUUACUUGGGCUCUGUCACAGAAGCCUAGCAGAUGACUGCACAAAUGUCACCAUCGCCAAUGCAGCUGAUGCAGAAGCGGUGCGCAAGAGUUGUCCAGUGAUCCAGGGCGACCUGACCUUCAUGGGCGCUAUCUCCGAGAGCAUAAACCUCGACGGCGUAGAAACUGUCCUGGGAGGCAUUCUCCACGACGGGGCCUGCGGGCGCACCGACGACGAGUGUCCCCAUGUUCAGCCAUUCACCAUCUCGAGCUCCACGCUCACGACAGUCAAUCAGACGAUAGAUUUCCGGUAUUUUCCGGGCCUGGAGAAGCUGAUCCUGCCAAACCUUACUACGGUAAACUCGGGCCUUAUGCUCAGGCGAUUGCACGACCUCACGCACUUGGACAUUACCGGGCUUUCGUACGUUGGAUGGGUCUUGCUGGAGACGACGAGUCUCAAGACCCUGCUUCUCGAUGGCUUGAAGGGUUUUACUGGGACAGGAAGCAACGGAUAUGUAGCGCUCUGGGAUGCAGGUCAAGUCGAAUCCGUCGACGGUUUCUUCAAGAAUCCCAUUGAUCCCGUUUUCUAUCCGGAGACCUCCCAAGAUUCGAGCUUGUCGACGAAUGCCGCAGUAAUUCCCAACAUCCGAAAGAUUACCAUUGGUUGGACCAGGAUUCCAAAGCUUAGUCUCUCCGGGCAGAACCUAACCGUUGUUCUUGGAGGGCCGUCGACCAAAUCCAUGGAGAUCGAUAUGUUUGAGGUUGGGGAUGGUGUCGUCGAUUUGCAACGCAGUCCAGAGUUGAAGAAUCUGACACUCACGACAUUUUCGAUGGACAAUAACCGCAACAUGACGCAUCUGAAGGCCGAUUUCGAUCAGGUCGCCAACUUUGCCGUCUACGGGUAUCCCUCGCUACGCACUCUCGAGCUCCCGCCGCAAGCAGUCAACUGGGCGAACCUGAGCAUGCGCCUGACCCAGGACCCGUCUGGGCCCUUGAAUUUCAGCUCCGAAUACACGGUCGACGCCUCGGGUCAGAAACAGAGGACGUGGUACUGGCCGGAAAAGGACAUGAGAGAAGUCGUCGUCCAUGGAAACAUUGCCACAGAUUUCUUCCAAUCUUUCCUCGAGUACCGAAUCGAGAGCAAAGACCCAUCGAGCCGACCGCGAGUUCUCGAGACAUUCGACAUCCGGAGCGACUCUCCAAGGCUCAAGCUCAACUGCUCCGUUUUCGACGAGCUGCAGAAUAAGACGGGCGUUUUGCCGGCUAACUACUCGUGUUCCUAUAAAUCGGCGGCGGCCCUGGCUCAAGGCUAUGUGAUGCGGCAGCCCUGGCAAUUUGGACUGCUGGCCUUGGGGCUAUCUAUAUCGUUUCUGUGACCGGACAGACUGAGUUACUAUCCUAAUUAUCCCGUUAAUCUAUAGGUGCCUACCUAGUUCUAUAUCAUAUCAUUCUAGAGUUUAUUUCGCAAACCCCAAGAGUCUAUGAUCCAACUGUGCCGUCACUCAGCUACAACAGCAUGAGCGGAGCCAAGAUCGGCGUAGUCACCCAGGCAAAUGGAACCGCGCAGAGGGAAUUGGC